CCUAUAUUUCCUUAUUCGUAGACCCAAUUGGCAACGCGCUGUAAACAAAUGGUUGGCUUCGCUAGUUUGCUGUUUAUUAUUUACGUCGGUUUUUCAACUGCUUCAUUCGUUGCUAGAAUUUCGAUUCAAAUUAUUAGUGUUCGCGGAAAAUCGUCGGAUUUUCACAACAGGAAAAUCUUGGGAAGUAGUGUGUGAUUGUGUGAAAAAGAAAGGAUGGCUGCAACAGCGGCUGUCUAUAAUCGCCUUCACAGCACCAGCGGAAGCAUUAGUGGACUAAGUGCCAGCAUGGGCAGUAUGGCACAUUCGCAGCUUGCGCGUUCACUGGAACGCAUCCUCGAGGAGGCACACCUAAGCGGCGAGCUAAUACUAACUAAUCGCAAGCUGAAAGACUUUCCAAAAACUGGCACCAAAUAUAAUCUCACCGAUACGGUGAUGGCAGAUUUAUCGCGUAAUCGCUUUUGCGAGCUACCCGAGGAGAUCACCACAUUCUCAUUUCUGGAGACGCUGCUGCUCUAUCACAACACCAUACGCAAUAUUCCCGAAUCGGUGAAGCAUCUGACAUCGUUAACGUAUUUGGAUUUGCGCAGCAAUCAGCUGGCAGCUCUGCCACGUGAGAUCUGCUUUCUGCCGUUGCAAGUGCUGCUCGUGUCUAAUAAUCGCUUGGCAACGCUGCCCGAUGAGUUGGGCCGCAUGGAGCGGCUUACCGAUUUGGAUGCCUCAUACAAUCAAUUGUCGACGCUGCCGGCACGCAUUGGCGAGCUACGUUCGUUGCGUUCACUAUCGUUGCGCAGCAAUCAGUUGAUGUAUUUACCGCGUGAAUUGACGUGUCUAACGCUGGAAUCGUUGGAUGUUAGCAAUAAUCGCAUCGCUAGUCUACCUCUGGAGAUACGCCAAAUGACAGCGCUGGUCGAAUUGAAUUUAGAAAAUAAUCCGCUUACGUCUCCACCUGCUAGUCUCUGCAUACGCGGUCUUGUACACGUCUUUAAAUUUCUCGAAACUCAAGCGGCCAAAGAUGAGAAGGGCUCUCGUGCCGGUGGCAAUUAUGAUGGCUACACCACAUUGCGACGAGCGCCACGCCAUGCGGCCAACGGCAGUGUGCUCGAAUCGAAUCGUGUGCCGCGUCAUCAUCAUGGCGCUGAGUCCGGCUACAGCACCUGUGAUGGCAUUGACAAGCGUUGGUCACACGAUAUGCCAAAUGUUAAAACCAAAUUGGAUUCACCGGCACGUAGAACGCCAACCACACCGCCUCCCUCGUUGAGUUCGGAAUUAAUGGAUGCGUCGCUGACUUCUAGCUCAAGCACUAUCGUUGAUGAGUCAAUAUCGUUGAGUGGCACGAGUACAGGUGGCAUAGUCGUUCCAAUAGCGGUUACUGCCGCCGUUGUUAAGCCGCUAAGUGCAACGGAUUCGCCAAUGAAACGUAAAGUAGAAAUGCAAGUGGCGGCGUCUGCGCAAUCAGCGCCUGUCACACCGCAGCAUCAGAAUCAUUCGGUGCAACAGCAACAACACCAGCAUUUAAACUAUGCGCAUUCGAAUUCGAGUAAUGGGAGUAAUAACGGGAGUAAUGGCUCAUCACCCGACCAAGACGAUGCCAUGAUAGAACAUUAUCAACAGAUUGCUGGCGGACAAAAUGGCAAGAACGACGAGAAGUCCAAUAAAAAUUUGGGAAAUAUACAAACCUAUCGUGAAUACAAGGAGGCAUUGAAGCAGCAACGAAAUUUGGAAGUCUCCAGUGUUUAUAAAAUCAAAAAUAACCAAAAAAUGCUGUACGACAUGAGCGAGGCCUCGAAUGCCUUGAAUUCGAUAGUGGGAAAUAUGUCACACCAUGAAGAUCACAAUGGUGGUGGUAGCGAUAACGGCUGCAACGAAAUUAUACGAAUUGUGAAUGGUGCCAAUAAUAUGCCACAACCGAAAUCGAUAAUGAAGAAUGGCAGUGGUGGUGGAGGAGUCGGUGUUGGAGUUGGUGUAGGUGUUAUUGGCAGUAAUGGUGGACUAAAUAUGCUAAAUGGCAUGAUGAAUGGUGUCAAUGGUGGUGGUGGUGUCAUUGUUGGUGACGCUGGCAGCGAUUAUUGUGUUGUAAUACCAAAGAAACCGGUACAAAAAGUGACGCCGUCACGGAAUACCGAAUUAAUGUCGUCGCUGGCGACGUCAAAGCAAAUGCAACCAGUCACAGCUAAUGCAACAAUAACAACAGCAACAGCAGAGGAGUUGGAAAAAAUGCUGUUAUUACAACAGCAACAACAACAACAACUGUCACAACAGCAACAACAAGUUCUGAACGGUGAUUGCAUGGGUUAUGUGAAACCCAAUAGUCCAAUGAAAACGCUUAAUGGUGUCGGCACUGGUGGUGGUGUUGGCGGCGGUGGCAUGGUCGGUGUUGGCAUACUUGCGAAUAAUAAUAAAAUUGCUUCAAUUGGUGGUCUCAAAUCGCCUGUGAGUGGUACAAAUAAGUUGGGUACUACGAAAACGCAUCGCACUGUCACCUGGAAUCAUGACAUACCUGCGGAGAAACUUAGCUUUACUAUGCGUCGCGAAUUCGAUCGACAACGUGAGGAGACUGAAUUAAUGACUCAACUGAGGAGUAUCAUUGAAACACGUCUCAAAAUGACACUACCCGAAGAUAUAGCAUCCGCCUUAACCGAUGGCGUUAUUCUCUGUCAUUUAGCCAAUUAUGUGCGUCCACGUUCGGUUGCCAGUAUACAUGUGCCAUCGCCUGGUGUCUCGAAAUUAACAAUGGCUCGUUGUCGCAGAAAUGUCGAUAAUUUUCUGGAAGCUUGUCGUAGAAUUGGUGUAGAUGAGAAUCUCAUCUGCUGCGCUGCCGAUGUGCUAGAAGGUAAGGGAGCGGUGCAAGUAGCCAUUACAGUUGGUGAACUCUUCCGUCUGCACGCUAACGGUGCCACAGGCAGCGGCACAGGAGCCGGUGGCGUGUCGUCGAAAUCACCGACGAGAGCCACACGCGCCACAUUAUCACCAUCGCCGGUUGUCUAAACGAAAUGAAAAGAAAAAUGUGUAGUAAAAUGAAAGAAAAAUCACUUUUUACGAAAAAAUAACGCGAAAUGUGUAAAGUUACGACAUGUUUGUUUGUGCGGAAAAAAGUGAAGUUACAAAUGCAUGCGGUAGCUUUGCUUUUCAAGCCAACAGCUUACGUAGCGAAAAAACGACCGCGCGCACGAACUUUUUCGCAAAUAAACCAAAUUUUGAAUGAAAGUGAAAAUUUGAAAUAACGAAAUUUUACAAAAUUACAAAAUCGACGACGAUGCUAAAUGGGUUCCUCGACAAAAUGGAAGUUGUGAAUGUGAAUUUCUUAUUUAAGCAAAUUCAUUUAAAAGUUGCUCGCAUGCGAACAAGUAGGAUAGAGUUAUUUUUAUAGUUACCAAAAAGUUUAACAUGCAGAUGUUUAUGUAAGGUAUGUACACACACACAUACAUACAUACAUACAUAUUACUGUAAUGUAGUAUUUUGAAUUUUUGUAGAAUUUGUUGAAUAUUUUAAGUAAGUGACAGACUGUUAAAGAAUAUUAUCGAAAUUUUUUUUUUAGGAAUUAUUUUAUUGUACAUAAAACGGACAAAAUACCGUUAAAACACACACACACACAAACACUAAUCACACAAAACUAAUACAAACAAAGCAAAACAUAUACACCGUUAAGUACAUUACAUAACAUACACACUUAUUAUUAAGUUUAAAGUACAUAAUUAAUAGUCUUUGUACUGAAGCAAAUGAAAAACAAAUACCAAAAAAACACUGUUGUCACCUUUUCAUCGAUAAUGUUAAAUACUUUGCACUUUGUUUACUUCAUUGUGUUAUGUAAUAUUUUUUUACAUUUGCCUCAAUACUUACUUAUGUAUAUGUAUGUAUUUAAAUGCAUAUACAAACCAAAUAUACCUACAAUUUAAGCUGUGUUUACAGAUUUCACUAGUUUGCAACAUAAAAGUCACUAAUUUAGUUAUUAGAAAUUAUUGUGAAAAUUUUUUUAUAUUAUUUAUUUGUGAAACAAAGAGUGAAAACACACAUUUUUUAACUAAGUUUAGCACUUAAAUUACGCGCGUUUAAGUAAACGAAAUAAUAUUAAUAAUAUAAAUUAUAUGUAGUAAUAUAGUAAGCAUUUUAAAAAGCGUUAAGGGUAUUCACAGUGUUGUUUGCAUUGUUUAGUUGAUUGAAAACGAGCAUAUGCUAAGCAAGUAAUGAGAAGAAAUGAGAUUUGUUGUUGAGUAGGAGUGCUAAAAAUUCAAUAAUAGACGCAAGAGAUGUACUGUUUUAAGGCGAAAAAUUAUUUUAAAGCAUUUUGUUUUAAAAUUUUCUGCACCCAGACUAAAAAAUGUGAUCUCUUUAAACGAAAAUGAAAAAUUUCGUACAACUUUAAAAACUAAACAAAUUGUAAGUUUAAUAACAAUAAGUCUAAAAAAUUUGGAUUAAUGAUCUUUAAGUGCAAAAAAAUAUUUUUCGUUUAUUUUCAAUAUUAUUUCUCACUUGCCAACCAACAAAACAAAAUAUUAAAUUUUUUUGAGUAACUUUAAUAAAACCUAAAAAUUAAUAUCACCCAGUUUAAAAAAAAAUGUGUAUGAAAAAUCUUUAAAUCAGAAAAAAAAAAAUUUUAUUCAUAAUAUAUAUGUAACUUCACUAGCAAACCAAAAACAAAUUUGUUCUGCUAACUUUACAAGCAAUUCAAUAUUAAUUAUUCAGAUUAAAAAAGGGAGUUCUUUAAAAACGAUUAUUUUUUAUUUCUAGUAUUUUUUCUCCCUUGCAAACAAAAAAUAAUAAUUAUGUUAAAAAUACUAGUAUCAUUCAAAUAAUGUAAAUUAAAGAUCUCUAACUACGAAAAACAAUUUUUUUUUUCAAUAUUGUUUCUCAAUUUUUUUUCACACUUGCAAAACAGCAAAAAAAAACUUUUUUUUUUAUCUCUUUUCGAGUAAAUUUGCUUUGCUUAUUUCAUCUUGGAGUAAUGCUUAUGUAAGUAGUAUAUACGAGUUUUUAAUCAACUAGGGAAACAAAAAAAAUACUGUGAAUACCCUAACACUAAUGUUGCAUUUGUCACAAACACGAACACAAAAGUGUGAGCGCAAAACUUACUCUUCAUCAUUAAGUUUUACAACUACUUAACAAAUCUCCCUUUAUAAAUGAACCCACCUUUACGAGAACAUCUAUACCUAUACAUAUAUUUACAGUGUGUUUCAUAACUAUAAAAUAAGUGUGUAUUUUGAGAUAUAACUGCUAGAGAAAUUUUGAGUAACUGUUUUUGGUGAUAUGAAAAAGUGCCGUUGUUUAUUCUCGCAUUUUGAAAGAAUUACUAAAUUUUGCUCUUUAAGAAAACUUCAAUAUUGAAAAAAUAUUUUUGUAGAUCUUAAGAUUGGCCUGAUUUCUUACACUUUUGGGCAAAACAAUGGACCCUUUCUAAUGGCGCGCAGUUAAACGAGGAACAAGCUAUAAAGAAUCUCGGAAUCCUAUAUAAUGUCGAUUUGCUCACAUUUGUCACCACUAGGGAUACUAUUGUAACUUAAUGCAACUGAUCGAAUCGAUUAGAAGCGAUUAAAACUUUUUAAUGUAGGCCCAUACAAUCUCUUUUUGCUUGUAUACAUUUUAGACUAAAACUAUUGUAUAGAACAUGAGUUACAGCGUUCUGAACACUCCCGCCUUGUAAAAGUGGGCUCCCCAAAAGAAAAAAAAAUUUGUAUUUUGCGUUUUUUGUUUUUUUCCUAUAAAAAAUCGAAAUUUUGGAAACUUUUUAUUAAUAAUAUCUAGUUAAUACCAUGCGUUUACAGCGUUUUGAGAUCCGAUGGAGAAAAAUGUGUUUAAAGUCCGCAACUCACCGCUCCGCACAGCUCUUUUUUCUAACUGCUGUAUCUCUAAAACGACUUCGAAUUUUAAAAAGUCUCUUUACUACUGUAUGCUAGACAUGUUAAUGAGCUCAUCACAUGUGAUGACACACUUAAUUCCAUAAAAGAGAAACUAUUGUCAAAAUGAAUGAGAAUAAAAAAUAGUACUCUUUCAAAUUUCUAUAAAUUGUAAAAGGUGCUUCCUAAAAUUUUUCUAGCAGCCAUAUUUGAAAGCACCUAACUUCUUUUAUAAUUACGAAGCGUAGCCUAUACAACUAUUUAUAAUUACAUCACUUUUGCAUUUCAUAUUUCUUUUUAUAUUCAUAUCUCUUACCAUAUUCAUCAACGAUUUUUAGUUACUAUUUAUUAGCCUAACCUCUAGCGUCUCAAAAAUCUCAUUAUUUUCUACCUUUUCGCUCAAAAAUGUCGCUAUUACAAACUUUAACUUACGAAAGUAUAAAUAUUUAAGCUACUUUAAAGCGAUAUAUUAUAUUACGAAAAAGUAAAAUAAAUUAAUUAAAUAGCAAAGCAGAAUGGCUCAUUGCGUAGUGUUUUAGUAUAUAUUUAUGCAUAGUCUUAAGUAAUCGUAGCGAUUUUUUGCAUGCAAACCAAUUGUAUUGUGUAUGUUAAUCAACAAAAUCUCGUCAUUAUACAAGAAAUUUAUUUAAUUACCAAUAAAUAAGCGAAUUCGUAGAAAAUAAAUGAACUAUGCAUAAAUAUCGAUUAUUGCAAGCAAACGAAUUAUUCAAAAGUGUCAAAUGUUAAUAAAGCGAAAUGUAAAAUGUAACGGAAUUCAUAGUAAA